GAGGAGCCGCCGCUUCGGUUUCUGUUUCCCGGCCCCGCUGUCACUCGGCCUGGAGCCACCGGCCGGGAGGGACCCACUGCGGCUGUGGCCAUGGCCGCCCCGGCGGGCUUGGACGACGCUUUCCUCCGGGAGCUGCGGACCCGCUACGAAGCCCAGGACCCCGGCACAGCCGCCACCCGCCUCCAGGCCCUGGUGGACUCGGUCAACGCCCUGAAGGCCGAUGUGGCUGUGGUGGGCUGCCGGGGCGCUGGGGUCACCACGCUGAUCCACGCCCUCCUGGGAGAACAGCCCGGCCUGGACGACCCCCAGGCCUUCUUCCAGCAGGCGCCAGAGCCCCCGGGGCAGCCGGCCAGCUACACCCACCCCACCUUCCCCAACCUGACACUGUGGGAUCUCCCGGGCUUCCAGGAGCCGGAGAAGCCGGGCGACUACACGAAGCGGCUGGGGGACUUGGGGAAGUUCGGCUGCCUGGUGCUGGUGGUGGCCGAGGGAAGCCCGGCAGAUCCCCUCCUGCAGCUCCUCAAGGCCUUCCAGCAGAAGCAGAAGCCCUACUACGUGGUGCGCACCAAGGUGGACCUGGACUUGCACACAGCCAAGCGGCGGUUCCGGGCCCACUACAGCUCGGCCGAGGCGCUGGCGCUGGCCCGGAACGGGGUGGCCGAGGUGCUGGCCAAGAACGGGCUGGACACCAACAGGGUUUUCCUGGUCUCAGCCCUGGAGACGGACAGGUACCAGUUCAACCAGUUCCAGGACCAGCUGGAGGAGAUAAUCCAGCUGAAGAGGGCCCACGACGGGGAGCUGGAGGACCUAAGGGCUGUGAGCCCGAGAAAGAUCCAGGAGCUGCACCAGGCCUGUGCCACGGGGGGGCUGGCAGAGGUGCCUGCCAUCAUCCGCUCAGCACUGGAGGAGCCCUCACAGAUCCGGCUGGACGUGGCGGUUCUGGGGGAGGCCGGCUCGGGCAAGUCGGCGCUGGUGAACGCUCUGAGGGGGGUGGGCUGCGGGGAGCCAGAGGCAGCACCCACGGGGGUGACAGCCACCACCCAGAAAGCCACGGCUUACGCCCACCCUACCGUGCCUGGCCUGUAUCUGUGGGACUUGCCAGGAGUGGGGGUGACGGAGGAGGACGUGGGGCGGCUGGAUCUGUCCCGUUACGACUUCUUCCUGCUGACGGCCUCGGAGCGCUACCGCCACGCCCAGAGCCGGCUCGCCCAGGCCGUCAGCGCGGCCGGGAAGCGGUUCUUCUUCGUCAGAACCAAGGUGGACGUGGACGCCCAGCCCAGCCCUGAGCCCGGCCCCAUGGAGGAGAUCCGGGGCAGCUGCGUGGGUGCCCUCCAGAAGGACGGCGUGAGCUCCCCAAGUGUCUUCCUUGUCUCCAGCCUUCUCCGCGAGGCCUAUGACCUGCCAGCCCUCCAGGCGGCCCUGGAGAGUGACGCCCCAGCCUUGAAGAGGGAGGCCCUGGAGAAGGCCAUCCCCGUGGCUUUGGGCCGCCUGGUGAGGAGGAAGAGCAGGGCGCUGAUGAAGGACGUCUGGGGCAAGACCCUGGACAGCUGCCUGUACUGGGCAGCGAAACCUGGCCCGGAUGUGGCCACCAGCCUUGUCGACACAGUCUCAGCUUUCUCCAUCCAGCUGGGCCUGGACGAGAAGUCCUUGGCCCAGGUGGCCAAAGCCACAGGGAAGCCGGCCGGGCUGCUCCAGGCCGAGAUCCGGAGCCCCUGGGUCAAGCAGCCAGACCCGGAGCAGGUGCUGAAGCAGAUCACGAAGCCAGUGCCCUUCUCCUCCCGAAUGUGGAGCUUGGUGCCCUACUGGGGCCACGGGGCCGAGGGGCAGCCCGAGAUCUCCCUGGAGGCCACCUACAGGGUGCUGACGCAGGCCCUGGCAGAGAUGACGGAGGACGCAGAGCGAAUGCUGCGCCAAGCCUAUGCCAAGGAGUAGGGGGAGGGGCUGUUUGUAGAAGGUGUCCUCACCCAGCACUGAGAUGCAGACACCUCUGGAAUGGGGCACAGGCCUGUUUGUACAGGGAUCCCUCCCCCAGCGCUGAGAUUCAGCCGCCUCUGGGCUGCUGUGCGGGGGCUGUUUGUACAGGGAUCCCUCCCCCAGCGCUGAGAUUCAGCCGCCUCUGGGCUGCUGUGCGGGGGCUGUUUGUACAGGGAUCCCUCCCCCAGUGCUGAGAUUCAGCCAGGGAGGCUGUGUGGCACAGGGGUUGCUGCUGCAUUAGAGGAGUGUGGUUAUACUGCUAGGGCAUUGCAUGGCUCUUUCCUCGUACUGCUCUCGUGAGAAUAAGGUGCGACCUGCCCGUCUAGGGGGUGACCUGCUGAGCUCCAGGAGGCUGAUGUUAUAGCCAGAGUCACUCACUCUGGGCCCUCCGCAGCACAGACUUUGUAUUAGUUCUUUUUUGUCUGUUUUCCUUCAAUCAGAAAUAAAACGGAGACCUGAACAUCA